AUGAACUAUAUCGAGUACGGCCUAAGCUGCAUCUUUGCGAGCGCCAAAGGACGCGACGCGAAACUCUUCACCAAGAGCCCCGCCUUCGCACAGCAUGCGACCGCCACCAUCGCCCUUUCAUGCCCCGAUGCAGGCCUGUCUGGAUCGCAAAUGCACAAAGAGCUCUCCGCAGAAGGCGCAGGGCAUUUUCCCACCUUGCAGUGGCCUGAAGCGUCAGCCGAGACUAAGCAAUACUUGCUCAUCAGCGAGGAUCCCGAUGCGCCUCUUCCCAGUCCCAUAAUUCACGGUCUUUACUAUGGGAUUCCAUCUUCUGCGACAGGUGUCAGUAAUGCCGAUUUCGAAAAAGCCAAGGAACCCUACACUCUCAAGGGUGGAUUCAAGUAUGGCAAGAAUCGCCGUGGGACGGUCUAUAUCCCUCCUCGUCCUCUGCUUGGCCACGGGCCCCACCGUUACUUCUUUACUUUGAUCGCCCUUAAUGAGGUGAUAGAUGUAAGCAAUCUCAGUGAACUGCCUACGGCUGAUGAGAUGGCUGCUGCUAUUAAUGGGAAGGUUCUUGGUUGGGGAGAGUGGAUCGGAGUCUACGAGAGGAAGUGGGAGUGA